CUUGGCUUAGAUAACAUUAGCAGUUUCAAAAUGGCGUCAAUUCUGGGACGAGCAUCGCACAAAUUGGCGUCAAAUUUGAGAACUGUUCUUACAAACCCUGUUUUAAGUAGGACACCGGUAGUAUCUUCGACAAGGGGUAAACAAUGGCAGCCAGAGGUGAAGGAUAUAGAGCAGUACUCGAAGGCUGUGAUGUAUCCGGAUGAAAACACCGCCAAAUGGCCCUCACCGCCUUGGGAUGAUCGAGAUCCAAUUGCAGAGAAAGAUGUUGCCAAUUUAGUAAUCAACUUUGGACCUCAGCAUCCAGCUGCCCACGGUGUGCUCCGUCUUGUUCUGGAACUUAGUGGAGAGAGUAUAGUCCGAUGUGACCCUCACAUCGGUCUCCUUCACCGAGGUACUGAGAAGCUGAUUGAAUACAAGACGUACAUGCAGGCCCUGCCCUACUUUGACCGGCUUGAUUACGUCUCUAUGAUGUGUAACGAGCAAGCAUACUCCCUCGCUGUCGAGAAGAUGCUCAACAUCACAGUCCCAGAGAGGGCCAAGUACAUCAGGGUCAUGAUGGGUGAGCUGACGAGGAUCGCCAAUCACAUCAUGGCCGUGGGAACGCACGCCCUGGACAUCGGAGCCAUGACUCCAUUCUUCUGGCUCUUUGAGGAGAGAGAGAAGACUUUUGAGUUGUAUGAGCGUGUAUGUGGAGCACGCAUGCAUGCAGCUUACGUCAGACCUGGUGGUGUUUCACAGGAUCUUCCCCUUGGGUUUCUCGAUGACAUGUAUGACUUCAUCAAGAACUUCUCAAUUCGAAUUGAUGAGCUAGAGGAGAUGUUGACCAACAAUCGUAUCUGGAAGGACCGCACCGUUGAUAUCGGUGUGGUAACGGCAGAGGACGCACUCAACUAUGGCUUCAGCGGUGUCAUGCUCCGCGGCUCGGGCAUCAAGUGGGACUUGCGUAAGGUCCAGCCGUACGACGGCUACGAGAAGAUGAACUUUGAUAUCCCAAUAGGAUCCAAGGGAGAUUGCUAUGAUAGGUAUCUAUGCCGUGUGGAGGAGAUGAGGCAGAGUCUUAGGAUCGUCCAUCAGUGUCUGAACGAGAUGCCGGAAGGGGAGAUCAAGGUUGAUGACCAUAAGAUCAGUCCACCAGGCAGGGCAGAAAUGAAGGACUCGAUGGAAUCCCUGAUCCACCAUUUCAAGCAUUUCACCCAGGGUUUCCAAGUCCCACCAGGUGCUACAUACACCGCUAUUGAGGCACCCAAGGGUGAGUUUGGUGUAUACAUGGUAUCGGAUGGCUCCAGCAAGCCGUACCGCUGUAAGAUCCGAGCACCAGGGUUUCUCCAUCUAGCUGGAUUGGACAAGGUCUGCAAGGGUCACAUGUUGGCUGAUGUCGUAGCAAUCAUCGGUACAUUGGAUGUUGUGUUUGGAGAAGUGGAUCGAUAAACAACCUGCCUCACACGCACCGUAGCACACAUCACCCCAAUUAAGGAAGUGGGGGGGGGGGGGGGGGGUAACAAGGAGCCACAAGGUUGCUCCCAAGAGUUUGCUUUAUUGAUGGCAAUAAGUAUGCCAUCUGCAUAUGCUAUCAACUGUAUUCUUUAUUGCCAGGGAGGUGGGGGAUAUUGAGAUACACAUUGUAAUAAUCAGAUGGAAUGAUCCUUAUUAUCACAUGGCAAUAGUUUGUCUGCAAGCUCCUCUAUUUUGAAGAUGAAAUUAACAAUUAUUGAGAUCAGUUUUCAUUUACUGAAUCUUUUAUUCGUAUUUUACCUCAAUUUAACAUAUUGUAAAUAGUGAAAGUAACUCCUAAAUCCUGACCCAUUUGUGUCAUUAUCACUUUAACCUAAUGAGCUUUGUGACGGGGAUUGGAAAUUAGCAAAUCAUAAGAAAAUAUCAUAGAAAUCUUGAUUAAUUUCAAAUGAUGCAGAUUACCUUAUGUUUCUUACAUAAUUUCUUCUCUCUCCAACAAUUUCUCUAAUGUAAAUGCUGUAAAUACACUUGUCAUUCAAGAGUUUUAGGAAUUAUUGGAAUUUGAAAGCACAUAUUCUCAUUCAACUGUUCAUAACCUAUUGUGAUGUUAGGUGCAGAUUGAAAUACAGCCUCAAAUGUCAUGCAUUUUGUGCAUGUCCUCAUGUCGCAGUUCUUCUAGUGUGUGACGUGAAAUGUAUUAAAUCAAAGAUAUUUAUAGUAAUACAACUAUUUGCAUUUCAUGAGCACAUCGUUUGAAAAAGAAGAAGACAUUUUAUGCUGGAGACUUUGCGACACGAUUCCAUUUGUCUGAAUUAUAUCAAAUUGAUUAAUUUGGUAGCCCUUCACAUCUGUGUUUUUAUCGGAGGGCAUUAGCUCUGAGUGUAAACAAAGAGUUUUAUGUGCUGUUCGUUCGAAAGAACAAAUAAAGGAAACUGAAUUCAUU